GAGGGAAACGGGAAUCCGGCAGCCCAGCUGGGCAGUGCCAUCUCCCGUAAACAAGGACAUGUGAUUCUCCCCAUCGCCCUGCCCGGCAGAGCCAACGAAAUGAGCUGGAGAAGGCUUUGUCGAUUAAGGAAGGGAGAAAAGAAAGGAAAGCAGAUCCCUGUGGUAAAGGCCACUUUCCCCAUCUCUUUCUUGAUCAGGUCCUCUCUAGGACACAGCACAGGUGGCAAGGAGAGAGAGAAGCUACUUCGGCUUUGCUCAGGUGUGUCCACAGCCCAGCAGCAGCAGCAGCAGCUAACCUGCCCACGGAGUAGGUGUUGUCACCGCUCCUUGGAAUGUGUCCUGGCAACUGGCUCUGGGCUUCUAUGACGUUCAUGGCCCGAUUCUCCCGGGGUGGCUCCCGGUCACCUGCCCGGACUGGGGGGCACUUGGAGGACACAGCCCCCGUUCAACAUCCCCUCCUCAAUGUCUUUGAAUUGGAGAGGCUCCUCUUCACCGGCAAGACUGCCUGUAACCAUGCAGAUGAGGUCUGGCCAGGCCUCUACCUCGGAGACCAGGACAUAGCUGCCAACAGGCGAGAGCUGAGCCGGCUGGGCAUCACUCAUGUGCUCAAUGCCUCCCACAGUAAGUGGCGGGGAACACCUGAGGCCUACGAAGGGCUGGGUAUCAGAUACCUGGGUGUGGAGGCCCAUGAUUCACCUGCCUUUGACAUGAGCAUCCACUUCCAGCCAGCCGCUGAUUUCAUCCACCGAGCACUGAGCCGGCCAGGAGGGAAGAUCCUGGUGCAUUGUGCAGUAGGUGUGAGUCGCUCAGCCACCCUCGUCCUGGCCUACCUCAUGCUCUACCACCAGCUCACCCUUGUGGAAGCCAUUAAGACCGUCAAGGACCAUCGAGGCAUCAUCCCCAACAGGGGCUUUCUGAGACAGCUCCUGGCCCUGGACCGCAGGCUGCGGCAGAGCCGGGAGGCAUGAAGUGUUUGGGAAGGGGCCUGGUGAGUGGGUCCCCAGCUCCCAACUAGAGAGCUGGGGACUAGGAAAGCAAGAGGCCCAGAUAAACCAUGCUUCUCUCUGGGAGGGAGAGUGCUAGUGCUGAGCCCCAACUGGUUGUCCCCACUGGGGGCCAUGAUGAAGGAGUUUUGUGCUGGGUGAGCUUAGAAAAGGGUUGACUCCAUCACAGGCAAGCCAGGUUAAGAAAAGACCAAAGGUGGGAGACCCAGAUGAGUCAGAAUUCCCUGGAUUCCAAUGCAGAAUCUGCCCAUGGCUCAAAAGUAAGUGGAUAAGCCCCUUCUCUUCUCUGCCCAAGGUCUCAUCUCCACUGUCUGAUUUUAAAAUGGGAAGAAUGUCCUUGGAUCGUAAUCCACUCAGAGAUGUAGAGAGGAUGGGUAAAAUGGUGUAAUCAAAAGUGUGGGUAGCUCAGCUGAGAUCAGAAGGAAACACACCUAGGCUUGUGUGUAGGUAAUGUGGUUGUGUUGAGGUCUGACCCAGCAUUCAAGGGUACCACUCACAGUUGUAAAAUUGCAAUAAUGAACCAGUGGGGGUCUUGAGAAAGACACUCUCCACUAGAUAAGUGGAAGAAUAACAGGAAGAAUAAAGAUGGAGAACAAAAAAUAGAGUCUCAUUAGAUCAUUGUCUCCCUAGGAAGCAGAAAGAGAACUGAACUUCUCUCCUCAGGAUCAUAAAUGAUCAUUACCCAUGCCAAAACCAUCUCUUGCUUUGGGUUGAGACAUCAAGCCAACCAACUUCACUCCAGGGCAAAAAAACAAAACAAACAAACAAACGAACAAAAAACAAUGGCAUGUGAUUUUAGAGGAGAAAGAGAAAAUCUGAUCUGUAACCAUUUGGUGGCCAGGGCAGGGAACAAAAGGAACAUAGGUUCAAGAGUGAAGGCCAGAACCAGUAUGAAGCAAUAUUGUAAAACAGACAAAGAUGUUUUUUCCUCAACUUUCCAUUUCCCUGGGUGUCUAGCAUUCUCAUUCUUCUCUGGUCCCUUCCAAUAACCAAGGAAGAAUUAUAUAAUGGAAAGAGACUACUUGGCUUAGUAGACAAAAUAAUAAAUUCAUUUGAAUUCCCCUUCCUGCACUUGCUAACUGGGCAAGUCAUCUAAUCUCUCUGAAAAUUCAGUUUUCUCAUCUCUAAAAUGGGGAUAACAAUGGUUGUGAAGAUCAAGUGAGAUGCUAGCUUUAAACUGAGUUGCAAACCUUAAGGCAUCAUUUGGGCAACCUGGAAACUUGUUCCAACUCUGCCACUUUUCAUUAUGUGACUGGUUUUAUUAUUUGCCUCUUCUGGACUUCCGUUCAGCAAAAUGAGACAGCGAGACUAAAUGAUAACUGAAAUUUACCUAGCGCUUUGAAGUUUGCAAAAGGCUUUAUAGUAUGAUACGGUAAUUCCCCAAAAUUAAUGGCAUCUUAGACUCUAUUGAGAAGUACAAUGUCGGAGACUAGAAAGGCAAUAACUCAGCCUAUUUAGAGCAUACUGGAAACACUGUAUUCAGUUCUGGAGGCCACAUUUUAGGAAAGAUAUUGCCAAGUAAGAGAGCAUUCAGGGAAAAGCUAUAAUGAUUGUUAAAGUGUUCAAUAUCAAAAGAUCAUUUGGAAGUAAUGGGGGUAUUUAGCCUAAAGAAGAGAUAGUCUUCACAUCUUUGAAGGGCUGUCAUGUGGAAGAAGAAUUAGAUUUGUUCCUCUUGGUUCCAUGAUUGUAAAUUACAAAGAAAUCAAUUUUAUCUCAAUGUAAAGGAAAACUUCCUCACAAUUAAAGCUGUACAAAAGUGGAA